AUGGCUAUGGGCAUGGCGGUAGACACGGUCGCCGAGCUAGGCAUCCCGUACUGGACUCCUCUCCGACGAAGAUUUCCUCCCGAUUCUCCCUUCUUCGCUUCCGGAAAUGUCGAGCGCGAACUUCUGGCUAAACAGGUAGCAUUAGACUUAACAGAAGCUGAAAUCAACAAUCUGCAGAGAAUCGUGGAAACCGAAAGCAGAAGAAUCUCUUGUCCCAUUGUUGGCUGCCCUGAGCGCUUGAAAUCUUUGGAGAAUUUUGAAGAUCACUAUAAGGCACGGCACACUGCGUCUUGUUCAGUAUGCUCAAGGGUCUACCCUACGUCUCGCCUACUGAGUAUCCACAUAUCUGAAACACAUGACUCUUUCUUUCAAGCGAAAGUUGCCCGGGGUUACGACAUGUACGAGUGCCUCGUGGAAGGGUGUGGAUUGAAGUUCAAGAACUACAAAGCCCGGCAUCGGCACUUAGUUGACAAACACAAGUUCCCAACGACAUUUGAGUUCUUCAAGAAGACCCAACCCUCAAAGAAGCAAAGAGAGAAAAUUCAGAGGCAACGUGUAUCAAAGCUGAAACAUAAAGAAGAAAAAGAAGCUUCAUCAGACGCCAUGGAAGUGGAAGACAAAGCUAGCAUGGACGGUCUUGUCUCAGCACUGUCCACGCUCACAACCUCAGACACAACUCCUUCGAAUGUCAGCUUCGGUCGACGCCAUGGUCGGGGGCUGACCUUUGUUCCAAGGUCUGUUCUUAGAGAAGAACGGGCUGAAUCUUCGUCUGAACCGGGGCCAAUGACUUAG